AUGGGGGGGCUAUUCCACUACCGGUUCUGCCUUUCGGGCUCCACGGAGCACCAGAGACAUUUCAGCGACUCCUGGACCGAGUCCUGCGGCCGCACAGUGAAGUGUCUCUAUCACAAGCCCCUGGGGUUCGAGGCUGGUUCAGUGACACCGGACCAGAUUAGCUGUUCUAACCAGGAAGAGUACAGCGGCUGGUAUUCCUCCUGGACCUCCAACAGGGCACGACUCAACAGCCAGGGCUUCGGGUGUGCAUGGCUGUCUAAGUUCCAGGACAACAGCCAGUGGAUCCAGAUUGACCUACAGGAUGUGGGUGUGGUCUCAGGUAUCCUGACCCAGGGUCGCUGUGAUGCUGAUGAGUGGCUGACCAAGUACAGUGUCCAGUACCGCACCGAUCAGAACCUAAACUGGAUCUACUACAAGGAUCAGACUGGCAACAACAGGGUGUUCUAUGGGAACUCGGACCGCUCGUCGUCCGUUCAGAACCUGCUGCGUCCUCCUAUUGUGGCCCGCUAUGUUAGGCUCCUCCCUCUGGGUUGGCACACCCGCAUCGCCCUGCGCAUGGAGCUGCUGAUGUGUAUGAACAAGUGUACCUAA